CUGGCCAGUUAUCCGCCUGCAUAUGUGAGCGGCAGGCACGCUGGGUGGCUGUGUUGGUUGUUGGUCACUGUCUGGAGAGUAAGUAGUACUUAGUGAAUGAAUCCCUUCUCCCUCUCACACACACACUCACACCCUCCUUGUUGCUGCUGAUGCUGAUGCUGUUGCUGAUGCUCUGGUGGAGUCAAUGCGUGAUUGAUAAAGUCGCCGAUAUCCCCUCUCACUCCCCGCCUUCUCCUGAGACAGAUUACCAUUGUAUUGUCCCCUGAUUUCAUCUCUGCUUUCUGACACAAGUUGUGGUGUCGACUUGUCUGGGGAUUCCCGGUAUAGCUUCACUCGCCAUUCAUUUUCGGUUUCUCUUCGCUGGGAACUAUAUAUCCCAUUAUCACACCGAAUCGAAUCAGAUGUCCACCCACAUCCUCACGCAGGACAGAUACUAAGACACACUCUCCAAGCAUCUCAAUUCCAUUCCUAGUACUACAACAGUUCUCCGUCACCAAAAUGAGCACCAUCCCAAGCGUCCACAUCAACGACAAAAGCCCCAUAGAGGAGCACCACCAACACGACUCCACCUCCACCUCCCCAACAACCCGCAAAUCCCUGCACCAGAACAUCUUCGGCAAGCUACGACCCCUCCCCUUCCAAUACCACUGGACAGUCUGGUACGACCGUCACACCGACGCCCCAGCAGCCUCAACCGCAACCGCAACAGCAGACUACGACUCCCGUCUAUACGUCCUGCACGAGGAUGUCGCCGACAUCGCCACCUUCUACCGCGUUUACAACAACUACCCCUGGGACAAGAUCCGCCUGCGCGACACCGUCCAUAUCUUCCGCAAAGGCGUGAGACCCGUCUGGGAAGACCCCGAGAAUCGGAAUGGGGGGUGCUGGCGCUUCCGUGUUCCGAAGAGUAAAGCCCAAGCGUUCUUUCAUGAAAUUGCUAUUCUGUGUAUGGCGAAUGAGUUUCAGGCUGUGUUGGAGAAGGAACACGACCACGUCCUCGGUGUCUCAACCUCCGUCCGCUUCAACUCGCACCUCAUCUCCGUCUGGAACAAGCUCGGCUCCAACGACCGGUCUAUCAAGGCUCUCGAGAAAACCAUUAUUGAUCGAUUAUCCCCUGAACUACGGCCCACGGGGACGGGGUCCACUGCCUACUUUUAUAAGCGACAUGAUGAGAAUGAUGGGUUUAAGGAGGCUGUGGAGAGGAGUAAGACAUGAUUUGAUUCUUUCUGAGGAUAGUUCAAAUAGGCUGGCACUCUAUAGAGAGAGAGAGAGAGAGAGAAGUUGGGAUAUGCUGAUAUGGAAGGGCUUAUGGACCAUCUUUGCAUGUGCAUAUGUAGACUUAUUAACUGGAAAUAGAGAUGUUAUCUCAUUGUCGUAUUACAGUAUGUUCUGGUUGUAAUUGUGUGGGGGAGUUGCUUGUAGAAUAGAUCGGAGGCAUGAUUCUUAUGUCGGAC